UCCCCGGACAUAGGAACAUGGAGAGGGACAGGAGGAAACGCGGUACCAGCAGCAUCUCAUCUACUCUCCUUGACACCCCCGCCCCGUGGCUCCAGCCAGACCCUAGAGCUCAGCCUUGCAGACCAACAGGAGGACUCCCAGCGUUCCCUUUUCAAGAGGUCCCCAGACCCCGGCUGCCCUCUUCCAGCGCCUGUGGCUAGCGCAGGGAGGCACCAGUGCUCUGAGGCUGUCGCGUGGUGCAGCGUCGAGCAUCCUUGCCGAGGUCCUUUCUGCUGCCUGUCCCGCCUCACCUGGCUCCAUCACACCAACUGGCCCUCUUUGCCUCCCUCUCCCAGAAUCUUUAAGCUCCGAAUCCCACCAGCGCCUCCUACCAACCUCGCCCCACCCCGUCCCCGUGCCUUCCCGCGCUCCGGUGACCCCCGCUGCCAUGAGCUCCCCCAUCAGCAAGAGCCGUUCGCUUGCCGCCUUCCUGCAGCAGCUGCGCAGUCCGAGGCAGCCCCCGAGACCAGUGACAUCUACGGCGUACACGUCCCCUCAGCCGCGAGAGGUGCCAGUCUGCCCGCUGACAGCUGGUGGCGAGACUCAGAACGCGGCCGCCCUGCCGGGCCCCACCAGCUGGCCACUGCUGGGUAGCCUGCUGCAGAUUCUCUGGAAAGGGGGGCUCAAGAAACAGCACGACACCCUGGUGGAGUACCACAAGAAGUACGGCAAGAUUUUCCGCAUGAAGUUGGGUUCCUUUGAGUCGGUGCACCUGGGCUCGCCAUGCCUGCUGGAAGCGCUGUACCGCACCGAGAGCGCGUACCCGCAGCGGCUGGAGAUCAAACCGUGGAAGGCCUAUCGCGAUUACCGCAAAGAAGGUUACGGGCUGCUAAUCCUGGAAGGGGAAGACUGGCAGCGGGUCCGGAGUGCCUUUCAGAAGAAACUAAUGAAACCAGUGGAAGUGAUGAAGCUGGACAACAAAAUCAAUGAGGUCUUGGCUGAUUUUAUGGGCAGAAUAGAUGAGCUCUGUGAUGAAAGAGGCCACAUUGAAGAUUUGUACAGCGAACUGAACAAAUGGUCGUUUGAAAGUAUCUGCCUCGUGUUAUAUGAGAAGAGAUUUGGGCUUCUCCAAAAGAAUGCAGGGGAUGAAGCUAUGAACUUCAUCAUGGCCAUCAAAACAAUGAUGAGCACGUUUGGGAGAAUGAUGGUCACUCCAGUCGAGUUGCACAAGAGCCUCAACACCAAGGUCUGGCAGGACCACACUCUGGCCUGGGACACCAUUUUCAAAUCAGUCAAAUCUUGUGUUGACAACCGGUUAGAGAAGUACUCUCAGCAGCCUAGUGCAGAUUUCCUUUGUGACAUUUAUCACCAGAAUCGGCUUUCAAAGAAAGAAUUGUAUGCUGCUGUCACCGAGCUCCAGCUGGCUGCAGUGGAAACGACAGCAAACAGUCUAAUGUGGAUUCUCUACAAUUUAUCCCGUAAUCCAAAAGUGCAACAAAAGCUUUUUAAGGAAAUUCAAAGUGUAUUACCUGAGAAUCAGGUGCCACGGGCAGAAGAUUUGAGGAAUAUGCCAUAUUUAAAAGCCUGUCUGAAAGAAUCUAUGAGGCUUACACCGAGUGUACCAUUUACAACUCGGACUCUUGACAAGGCAACAGUUCUGGGUGAAUAUGCUUUACCCAAAGGAACAGUGCUGAUGCUAAAUACCCAGGUGCUGGGAUCCGAUGAAGACAAUUUUGAAGAUUCAAGUCAGUUUAGACCUGAACGUUGGCUUCAGGAGAAGGAAAAAAUUAAUCCCUUUGCGCAUCUUCCAUUUGGCAUUGGAAAAAGAAUGUGCAUUGGUCGCCGAUUAGCCGAGCUUCAACUGCAUUUGGCUCUUUGUUGGAUUGUCCGCAAAUAUGACAUCCAGGCCACAGACAACGAGCCUGUUGAGAUGCUACACUCAGGCACCCUGGUGCCCAGCCGGGAGCUCCCCAUCGUGUUUUUCCAGCGAUAAGAUGCCUCAGCAGCACCUCCUGGGAUUUGCCUGGAGAGAAAAUAUUGUUUGCCAAUGAUUUUUUUUUUUUUUAACCAAGACCAAAACAGCCAUUUCGACUUUUCUGCAAAAAUGGUGCUUACAGCUUCUGCAUUACCGGAACGCACACUUCAAAAGCCCACACCAUACAAUAGCUUGUAAAGAAUAUUUAGGCCCAGGUGUUGAUAUUUUUUCUUCUGCAAAAUUGUUCCAGAAGCUAUACUGUCUUUCUAGACCGUGGUAUUUGUUAACGUCAUAUCCAACUCAGGGAAGCGGACUGAGUGCUGGGAUUCAAGGCAUUCUACAGGGUUCACUGCUGGUUUACACUUCACCUGCGUCAGCGCCGUCUUCAGGUGCUUAGAAUGGCCUGGGAGCCUGUUCUCUCUCGCAUCUUCCAUGACAUGAAAGGGAGGCUGGCACCUGUCAGUCAGGUAGAGGUUACGAACCGUUUCAGCCCCUGCCUACCACAUUCACUGUCUGAAUCUUUAAUUCCCAAGAAUAAGUUUACAUUUCACAAUGAAAGACCUACAACAGCUAAAUUUUCUGGGGCUGGGAGUAAUACUGACAAUCCAUUUACUGUAGCUCUGCUUUAAUGUACUACUUAGGGAAAUGCCUGCUUAAUAAUGUAAGCCAAGCUAAAUGAUCGUUAAAGUGAUCAGGCCUCCCAUGAAAUUGCGUUCUUCCUGAAUUGAAAUAGAAACAUGAUUGGGAAACUACAGAACACCUCUAUUUUUAAAAGGACUUUAAUGAAGUCAGACAUCUUAUAAGACUAGUGGUUCACUGGGGCAUCAUUUUGUUAGAGGACCUUAAAAUUCUUUAUUUUUUUAAUAUGAUUCCUUUAUGGCAUUAGGGUAAGGAUGAAGCAACAAUUUUUAAAUUGUGUGUGUGCAUAUGAAGCACAGACGUGCAUGUGUGUGUGUGCCUGUGUGUGUCUGUGUAUGUGUGUGUGUUCUAAUGGUAAUUUGCCUCAGUCAUUUUUUUUAAUAUUUGCAGUACUUGAUUUAGGAUCUAUGGUGGAGGGCAAUGUUUUGAGGUUUAGUCACAGCUUUAAAAUAUUCAGUGUGACUUUAAUAUUAUAAAAUGAUUUUCCAUGCCAUAAUUUUUCUAUUAAAUAGGACAAUCAUAAAGCAUGCAAAAGUUAGAGAUCUGCUAUAUAACAUUUGUUUUGUGAUUUGAACUCCUAGGAAAAAUAUGAUUUCAUAAAUGUAAAAUGCAUAGAAAUGCAUGUAAUACUUGUAAGACUUAAAAAUUGUGUUUAUAGAUGGUUUAUUUGUGCAUAUUUUUACUACUGCCUUUCCUAAAUGCAUACUGUAUAUAAUUCUGUAUAUUUGAUAAAUAUUUCUUCCUACAUUAUAUUUUUAGAAUGUUUCAGAAAUAUACAUUUAUGUCUUUAUAUUGUAAUCAAUGUGUACAUAUCUAGGUAUAUGCUUUCUCUCUGCCGUGAAAUUAUUUUUAGAAUUAUAAACUCAUGUCUUAUCAGAUUUCAUCUGUAUACCUUCAAAUUCUCUGAAAGUAAAAAUAAAAGUUUUUAAAUAUU